CUCCAGCCCUCGGCUACUGUGUGUCUCCAACUCUGUCAGCUCCACCUCCUCCACCAUGAGUCGGCAACUGAACAUCAGGUCCAGUGGUGACAAGGGCAACUUCAGUGUGCUUUCUGCAGUGGUGCCAAGGAAGACUGUGGGCAGUGUGGCUUCUUACUGGGUCUCUGGUCAUGAGGCUGGGACAGGCUUUGGCAGCAGGAGCCUCUAUAGUCUUAGAGGCAACCGGCCUAUUUCCUUCAAUGUGGCAGGCAGCGGUGCUCGGGCUACAAGGCACAGCUUAGGACAUGGCUCUGGGUAUGGAGCAGGUCGGGCCAGUGGCUUUGCUGGUAGCAUGUUUGGCAGUGUGACCCUGGGACCCACCUGUCCAUCUGUGUGUCUACCUUGGGGCAUCCACCAUGUCAGUGUCAACAAAAGCCUGCUGGCCCCCCUCAGUGUGGAGCUGGACCCAGAGAUCCAGAAAAUACGUGCUCAGGAGCGGGAGCAGAUUAAGGCUCUGAACGACAAAUUUGCCUCCUUCAUUGACAAGGUACGCUUCCUGGAGCAACAGAACCAGGUGCUGGAGACCAAGUGGGAGCUGCUGCAGCAGCUGGACCUGAACAGCUGCAGGAAGAACCUGGAGCCCAUUUACGAGGGCCACAUCAGCAGUCUGCGGAAACAGCUAGAAUUGCUGUCUGGGGAAAAAUUGAGGCUGGACUCGGAGCUGAGGAGCAUGAGGGAUGUGGUAGAGGACUACAAGAAGAGGUAUGAAGUGGAGAUCACCCGUCGUACUGCAGCAGAGAAUGAGUUUGUGCUACUCAAGAAGGAUGCAGAUGCAGCCUACAUGGUCAAGGUAGAGCUUCAGGCCAAAGUAGACUCUCUGGAUAAAGACAUCAAGUUCCUCAAAUGUCUGUAUGAUGCGGAGAUCGCCCAACUGCAGACUCAUGCCACUGAGACCUCUGUCAUUCUGUCCAUGGACAACAACCGGGACUUGGACCUGGACAGCAUCAUUGCCGAGGUCCGUUCCCACUACGAGGACAUCGCCCUGAAGAGCAAGGCUGAGACGGAGGCCCUGUACCAGACCAAGAUCCAGGAGCUGCAACUGGCGGCUGGUCACCAUGGGGACAACCUGAAACACACCGAGAAUGAGAUGUCAGAGCUGAACCGGCUUAUCCAGAGGAUCCGCUGUGAUAUUACUAAUGUGAAAAAGCAGUGCUCCAACCUGGAGACGACCAUUGCUGAUGCUGAGCAGCAAGGGGACAGCGCCCUCAAGGAUGCCCGGGCCAAGCUGGAUGAGUUGGAAGGUGCCCUGCACCAGGCCAAGGAUGAGCUGGCCCGGAUGAUGCGCGAGUAUCAGGAGCUCAUGGGCCUGAAACUGGCCCUGGACAUUGAGAUCGCCACCUACCGCAAGCUGCUGGAGGGCGAGGAGUGCAGGAUGUCUGGAGAGAACCCAUCCUCUGUGAGCAUCUCUGUCAUUAGCAGCAGCAGCUAUGGCACCUAUGGUUAUCAUCCAAGCUCUGUGAACUCUGAUCUUGCUGCUGGCGUUGCGGCGGGUAGUUCUAGCACCUCCCGAAGCAGCCAGCCCAAGACCAGAGGAUCACGAGCAGGAGACCUCAGAGACUCCCAGGACAAGAGUGCUGCCAUCGGAACUCCAGCCAGGAAGAUCACCCGAUAAGCCUGCCACCCCACUUACUUCAGUGCCUGGAGAAACAAUGUUUCUUCCACCGCCCAGAGAUGCCUGCUAUACCUGAACCUCGCAUCCCUGAGUUUUAGGACUGUCUAUGAACACUUGACUAUCCACUAUCCAUUUUCAAGUUCUGAUUAACAGUUACCCUUCCUGUGCCAGUAGACCCAUUGGGCUUAUGAGUUCUCCUACCUUCAGCUGACAAGAGGAUUUGGAAGCACAAGCCAUUACUGGCCUAAGGAAGACAUAAUCCUUCCCAGAGCCGGGGGGUAGGGGGGUGGAGAGAAGGGGAUUAGGUAAAAUUCUCAAUAGUCUGAGAUUUUCUGCCCCUUCCAGAGUGCUGGCAUUGAAUCCAGAGCCUUGUAACCAGAGGUCUUAACAAGGUGUUUGUAGAAGAAAAUGUGCUCACUCUCAGAUCUGUGCACUUCUAUUCUCAGAGCCAAGUGGGGGAGAAGAGAUGCUCUUGCCAUCUUGUGUCACUACCUUUAUUGUCAGUGCUUCCUACUUCUACCUGCCAAGCAUCUACUCUGUGCCAGACCACCAUGCACCCUGCACACAUUUCCUCUAAUUCCCACCUAAUUCUGUAGGGAAGGUGCAAGCCACAUCCUUGGGACAAAUAGGCAGCCUGGUCCUCAGCGUGGCUGAACUAGCCUAGUCACUCACCUAUGAACCAGCUCAGGCCUGGCUGGCUGCAGGUCCAGGCUGUUUCAUGUCAUGAUCACUACCACUUUAAGGGAGGGAGUGCUAAGAUCACAGUCCUUGAUGAAGGCAGUAGAUGGGGUCUCCUCUUUGGGACUGUGUCCUCUAGGGGCACCUGAUU